GGUCAAAUCUUCAUCGUGACCAUAUGAGGACGAGGCAUGCAGAAACAGCAUGCCCUCUCGGCUUGAAAUGUCAAAAGACAGACUGUUGCCUUCCUAUCACUUGCAGAAAUAGUGGUCAUACAGUGGAUGAAUUACCAUUCCCUCCAUGCUCCAGCUCGACUCUAAUAAGCGCUUGAUUGUUCACAAAAAUGGGGAGGAAAAAACCAGAGAGGGUAAAAAGAUAGAAAUCCAUUUGUAAGUCUGGGCUGUGGCUAUUUGCAUGGUGAUAAAGGCCCUGAGUGUUCUGCAGUGUCUCAGACAAUAGAGCCUGUGUUUGUUCUUCCCCGGGAAGUGUGAGAAGGGCAGAAAAGGGGAGAGAAGAAGAAGAAAAGGGGAGGUCGUCAGUGGAGGGGAUUACGCAUUGUAAGAAACACGCGCAUUCGCUUCUGCUAUUGUGGUGACUGAAUUGCUUUCCAGUACCAAGGCAUUUAGUUAAGCAGAUUGUGUUUCUUUACACCCCAUGAUGAUCUCUCUUGGCGGCGGUUGGUGACAAGUGGCUUGGGGGACAGCAGAAUCACACAGAACAGAGACAGGAGUAUGCAUACACACCACAUCAUAACAAGAUGGGAUACAGUACUGCCGGGAUCAUGAAUUACUGUGCUGUUGAAUGAAGAAUUGGUAACACUGGACUUGUGAAACUUCCAUCUUGUGUCCAAUAACCAUGGAAAGUGCAGAGGAAAUGCACGGAUGGACAGUAAAAAUGAGCAUGCCCAGUGUUUUGGCCAUGGUUACGGUCUUUUCUAUGAUUCCUGGCGGGGUGCUGAGCGAUAUGAGAGGUACUCAGGGUCUGGAAGCCCAACAAUUGGCCCAGGGGUCCACUCAAAUGCAUCGUCGCCUGAAGAGAGGCUGGAUCUGGAAACAGCUGUUUGUCCCCGAGGAAGAUCCCACUCCUCGCGUUAUUGGCCAGCUCAAAUCUGACUAUGACCGAGGCGAGUUUACCAUCAAGUACAUAUUAUCAGGAGAAGGCGCCGGUGAUGUCUUUGAGAUAGAUGAGUAUUCUGGUGAGAUCCGGGCACUGAAGAAGCUCGACCGAGAGGAAAAGGCCUUCUAUGUCCUUCAAGCCCAGGCUAUCAACAGGAGGUCCAAUGAACCAGAGGAACCCCAGUCAGAGUUCAUCAUCAAGGUGCAGGACAUCAAUGACAAUGUCCCACAGUUCGUGAACGAACCGUAUGUGUCCAGCAUCCCUGAGAUGUGUCCAAUGGGGACCACAGUGGCCCAGGUGACAGCCACAGAUGCUGAUGAUCCCAUGUUUGGAAACAACGCCAAGCUCAUCUACUCCAUCCUGCAGGGGGAGCCCUACUUCUCUGUGGAGCCAAAGACCGGGAUUAUUUUAACAUCUUGGCCAAACAUGGACCGCGAGGCCAGAGAACAGUACCUGGUGGUGGUGCAGGUGAAAGAUAUGCUGGGCCUCAGUGGCGGUUACUCCUCUUCCACCACUGUCACUGUCAGCCUGACUGAUGUCAACGACAAUGGACCCAUAUUCCAGCACCACCUGUACACCUUUGCCGUCCCUGAAAAUGCAGCUGUGGGCACCACAGUCGGCAGGUUUAUGGCACAGGAUGGAGACACUGGCAUCAAUGCCAGGAUGACCUACAGUCUGGAGCCUGACCUGGAGGAAAGCUCCACUUUUGUCAUCAAAACAGACCCAGUGACACAGGAGGGAGUGGUUCUGCUAGCCAAGCCUUUGGACUAUGAAACUAAAAGGCGUUUUGUAAUGGCCGCAGAAGCAGUCAAUGAUCACGUGGACACUCGGUUUCUGACUCUGGAGGAGUUCACGGACAGGACAACGCUUAAGAUUGUUGUGGAGGAUGUGGACGAGCCGCCAGUCUACCUCUCAGCGGUCUACGAGUGGAAAGUUCCUGAAAAUGCAGCUGUGGGAACUGUGGUUGGCAGUGUCAGUGCCAGAGAUACUGACGCAGUCAACAAUCCCAUCAGAUAUUCAAUUGACAAAAGGAGUGAUAAACCAAAAGCUUUCAAAAUAGACCCAAACAAUGGAACUAUAACUGUUGCUAAAGCUUUGGACCAAGAGACUGCAAACUGGCACAAUGUGACUGUUGAAGCCAAGGAAACAACGCAGAACCAUUUAUCCUCCUCUGUGGUGGUGUUCAUCAAAGUGCUGGACAUAAACGACAAUGUGCCAAGGCUUGCAAGAGAUUACCAGCCAUAUAUCUGUGAGGGAACACAGGCGGGAGAAGUCAUUCAGUUGCUCAGUGCUGUUGAUCCGGACGAUCCUGUGGAGGGACACCACUUCUACUACUCUAUGGUCCCUGAGAAGCACAUCAAUCCAAACUUCACUAUUAGAGACAAUCAAGACAAUACAGCCGGCAUUGUGGCCCGCAGGAGUACAUUUACCCGCAAGGAUCGAACACAGUAUCUCCUGCCUGUUGUGGUGACGGACAGCGGCUCUCCAGCACUCUCCAGCACCAGCACUUUGACCAUCAACGUGUGCAGCUGCCAGACUGCCGGCCAUUGUCCCACCGGGGGGGUAGAGGCCCUCGCCCUGUCCAUGGGGGUCAGCCUGCAAACCUUGUUUGGGCUUCUGAUCUGCCUUGUCACACUCACUGUGCUGUCAAUUCUAAUGCUGAUGGUGAGGAGGCACAGGCAGAAGCAGCAGGAGGGAUUGGAGGUGGAGGUGAAAGAGCUGGAGCUGCCUGAGAUGGUGUCGCAGAAGGUGCUGUAUUACGGAGAACUAGGGGGUGGAGGAGCAGGCCUGGACUUCUGCCAGCCCAGCGUACCGCUGCGCCACCACCCUAGGAGAAGAGACAGGAGGCUGCGGAGGGAGGAUGUCAGGGCCAGCAUACGCAUGUCCCUCAGAGAAUCCCACCUCAUUGGUCCGGACGAUGAGCUCUUCAGACAGUUUAUUUUGGACAGGCUGACAGAGGCAGAUCAGGAUCCUUACGUUCCCCCAUUUGACUGCCUAAAAACCUAUGCAUAUGAGGGGUCCGGGUCUCCCACAGGGUCACUGAGCUCACUGGAGUCAUCUUCUUUAGAGCUUGAACCUGAGCAACGUCUUUGUAAUCCCAGACCCUACGUGGUUAAACUCACCCCUUGGUAUGGGGGAGAAGACAAAGACACUAUAUUCUGAGGGGUUCUUCUUCUUCUCCUUAAAUGGCUGUUCUUCUAAUCUUUGCACGGUGGACCUGUUCAGUUCAUUUCCAAUGACAUGAUGUUGCACUUUCAACAUUUUUAACAUUUUGAAAACUAUGCUUAUUCUCUUUCUUGCCCAGAGUUAGAUGAGAUGAUGGAAAUCCCUCUCAUGUGUGUACAGUAAAGUGUGUACAGUAAGCAAGAGCAGCAUCUUAGCUUAGCUUAGCAUGAAUACUGGAUACAGAGUGAAACUGCUAGCCUGACUCUUUCUUUGAAGGCUUGAGAGGUGCUGGUAUGCUUAAUUUCUUCUUUGUGGCUUUUCCCCUCUGUUCCCGGUCUUUAUGCUAAGCUAAGCUAACUGGCAGCUAGCUGUAGCUAUAUCUUUAUCAUACAGACAUGUAAGUAAUAUUUCAUUCUCAUGCUACUCACAGCGAAAAAGGGGGGUGUAUUUCAAAAUAUGUUGAUCUAUUCCUUUAAACAUAGAAAUCAAACCGUAACAAUAAUAAUUUCAUGUGUGCCUUGCAUAUCUGGACCCAUUUUUGUUUUCUGUAUUUUUUUUUUCAAAUUCUGUGUAUAACUUUCAACAUGGAUAACAUGUUACAGCAACAAAGGAGUUUGAGCAGAUGUUUAACUUUGUAUGUCAGAUAUAAAUGUUUAUGUUAAACUAUGUCUCAGUGCCUUAAAGUCAAAGGGCAAGGGGUUUCUUCCUACACUCACUCUAAUGCAACAAUCAAAUGCCAUUCAUUAAAUGUCAUCUAUGCUAUACAUUUGUACUACUGUCCCAUCCCAUUCCCACAAAGAAAUCUUUUCCCAUCCCAAUCCAGGAAGAAUGACUCCUAUCCUGUCGUGUUUUUUUGCAUAUAAUAACUGACCUAUUAUAAUGAAUCCCAUCCUGCCUGCUCCUGUUGACUUUUUUCCCUUUCCUGAUCUUGUUACGUGAUGAACAGUAAAAUUGACACCCUGAAAAAAUGUGAGCCUCUAGUCUGUUGUAGAAAGAGCAAAUAUUUACAAGACUAUUCUCACUUGUGUUUUUCCUGACAGGCAACCUCUUGUGGUUAUGCAAAUAGUUUUACAAAUCGCAACAGAGAAAUCCUACUUAUGCUGCCUUUAGUGCUGUGUACACUUAACAAGUUGUCAUGUUAAUCCCACAUUUGCCGCUUAGAGAGGACGGUCACACAACAUUCAAAGUUCACCCCACUUCUUCCUUGGCUCAACGACACCAGAAGCGCCCGCCCCCCGACUUGUGCUCGCCAGCGGGUGAAAGCCAACCCCAGAUUCACUCUCAUUUUGGAACGAGUUUUGUCUGCUUGGUGUUUUUUCCUGCGCUGUAUCUGCCAUUUUUGUAGCUUCCUCUUGGAUGUGUGAUUGCGCGUACGUGGGGCCAACACUCCCAUUACCCAAAGGCUGAUGCCCAGAAAUGAAAAUAAAGAGAAAUUACAGCAGGAGGGCAGGGUCUUCUCAGAUUUAUACACACUUUUAGUGGGUCAUAAGUUAUGAUUGAUAGGGAUGCUUUUUUUGUGAGUCUAGCCAUAGCUUUUUAGGAUAAGCCUACUCAUUCUUCCUUUUUACUCCAGAAGCUGCAGGCUUGCAUUCUUUGUUCUACCAAGGUAAAGGUUUGUUGUUUUGUUAUUCCUUAACCCUGACCCUUCCCCAACCUUUAAAGCUGCUUUCAUUUAUUUUUGUGGUCCACCCAGUGGAGCAAGCUGAAGAAACGGUAUUAUCACAUUAUGAAGUUGUUGAAGAAUGCAACAAUGGGAUUCAUGCUUGAAUUAUUACACUUAUUACAGUGUGACAAUAUUACAAUGAUUGCAUAAUACCUACAGUAUUAGUAUUAAAAAAACUGUUAAACUUUCAAACCAGGCAAAGAUUGGUACUUACUUAUAGAACUGAGCGCUACUUGGCUCCUUCACUAUCUGUAAUAUUAUUCACUUCUGUUUUAUAUUUGGUAUUUUGGUGUGUACUGUACAUAAUGUGUAUU